AUGGUUAAAAUAAGGAAGAAUGUUGAAAAUAUGGAAAUCUACGAUUACAUGAAGGAACUGAAUGAAAAUGUGUGGUGUUAUUUUUUUGAUGAUUCUUUAGCACAUGAAACAAUAUAUCAUUCCCUUAAUGAAUUAGAACAAAUAAUUAUUUCAAGAUUAUUAUUUAUACAGCAAGUUGUUUCAGAAAGAGCUAUGAGAUUAUGGAUUAAUCCAAAUUAUUUAAAAAAGUUAAGUGAAAGUAUAAAAAAUUUAGUAGAAGCAAAAAUUUUAGUAGAAAGUGAUAUGAAAAAAGAUAAUUAUAAUCAAUAUAAAAUUAAUGAAAGUUUUAGAAUUACCUUAUUAAAUAAAAUUUAUAAAACAAAUACAAAUAAUAUCUUUAUUUUUAAUAAUAAUAUUAAAGAACAGUUAGAAAGGGAAAAAAAUUUAUACGAACAGAAUUUAUUUCCUCAUAAAGAAGAAAUAUUUGGUUAUGCUCAAACAAAGUGGAAUAAUUUAUUACAUUUUAUAGCAUCUCCAAAUUUUAAUUCUGUGAAUAAUUAUUUUAAUUCAAAUAUUAAUAAUGACGAUCCAAAUAAAUACUCCUCCUAUGAUAUGACAAGGCGUAAAAGAGCAGGAAAAGAUGGGGGUUCAGAUUUGGGAAGGAAAUCGUUCGAUAAAAUGGCUAGUCGUCGAUCUUAUAAUAGGAGACGAAAAAAGAAAAGAUAUAGUGAUGACGAGGAUGAAUUUGAUGAGGAGGAAUAUGAAGGGGAAGAUGAUGAUAAUAGUGUUGAUGGUGAUGAUAAUGAUGAUGAUGGUGAUGAUAGUGAUGGUGAUGAUAAUGAUGAUGAUGAUGAUGGUGAUGAUAAUGAUGAUAAUGGUGAUGAUAAUGAUGAUAAUGGUGAUGAUAAUAGUGAUGAUCAUAACGAUGAAGAAAAUUCUCAUCCACUUGUAAAAUACCAAUAUGAAAAUCAUCAACUUAAUAACUCGACUCCUUAUGUCGAAAAACCAUCAGAUGAUUAUACUUACAAAAAAGAAGAUGAAAACAAAAUAGGACAAAGAAAAAGUGUACAUUUUAACACUGACAUGUAUGAAGAACAAUAUAACAAUUCAUAUACACAACAAAUAGAUAGUAAUAAUGUAAAUGAAAUGGAUUAUUAUAUGAAUGAUAGUAAAACAAAAAAUAAUAAAAAAAAGAAAAAAAAAAACAAACAUAUAUAUGCAUAUAAACAAAAUGAAUUGUAUUAUAAGAGUUUACUAAAUAUGGAACAUAGUUAUAUUGAAGAAGAAAAUUAUAAUAAUAAUGAAAGUGCCUUUUUCUUGUCAAAUAUGAAUGAAAGGUUUAUGACUAAACCUAGUGAAAGUGUUAUUGAAGUGUUAAGGAGAAAAAAUUUUCUUUUAGAUGAUCCUAAUAAUACAAAAACUAUAAAUAUGAGUAGAGAAGCUUUUUCGUGGUUUUUAAAAGAUUUAAGGAGUAGAAUAAUAUCCUUAGUGCUUGAAUAUUUAUUAAUAAUAGAUAAUGGUUAUGUGACAAAUAUAGCUAAAGAUGUAUAUACAAAGUAUCAAAAGAAGAAAAAUAAUGCUACAAAUAAUAUUACUGCAAGUAGUAGUAGUGGUAUAAAUAAUAAUAUAAAUUAUGAUGAAAAUAUUAAAAGUAACAAUGCUGAAGAAUCCAAGAAAAACUAUGAUAAUAAUAGUACUACUACUACUACUACUAAUAAUAAUAAUAAUAAUAAUAAUAAUAAUAGUACUAGUAGUAGCAGUGCAUAUAUAACAAGAAGUAAUAAAGAUCCAAAAAAAUCAGAAAUAUAUGUAAAAGAAACGUUAUUAUUAAUUUUAUCUUUAUCACAAUGUGAUAUAAGUCAUCCAAUAUUUUUAGAUAAUUUAACAAAGGCUCAAAAAGAAUUUAUAGAUUUUGGUAGUCAUAUAGGCCUAUUUUUAAAACCUAAUGAUUCAUAUAUAUUUAUAACUCCAUAUGCCUUAUUAUUAACAAUUAAUAAUUUUAAUUCACAGUAUUAUCUAUCUCUAUUAAGUAAUAUAACUAUUGAAGGGUUAUGUGAAGAAGAUGUUAGGAAAAGAUUAAGUGAGAGAUAUUUUCAUUUUUAUUUAUUAAAACAGGAUGAAAAAGAAGAAAAAUAUAUUAAUAAAGAUUUAUCAUCAGAUAUAAAAAAUAAAGAUGAUAUGUCAUUAGUAUUAGAUAAAAGAAAAACUAUCACAAAAAAAUUAAUUAAUGAUAGUUUAUAUUCUGAUAUAAAAAUGAAUGGUAGUAAUAAUCUUGAAAUAGGAUUAAUUGUUCAGAGUAAUUUUAAAGUAUAUUUAUAUACAUCUUCUUUAUUAAAAAUUAAUAUAUUAAGUCAUUUAUGUGAGUUACAAGCGCGUACACCAAAUAUGGUUGUAGGAAUUCUAACUAGAAGAAGUGUAUUAAAUGCAUAUAAUUCAGAUAUUACAGCAAAUCAAAUUAUUAAAUUUUUAGAAUCUUAUUCACAUCCAGGAAAAAAUAAUUUUAAAAGUUCUAUACCUAUGAAUGUUAUUACUCAAUUGAAAUUGUGGGAAUCUGAAAGACAUAGAUUAACAUUGGAAGAUGCUAUAGUUUUUAAAUCUUUUGAAAAAGAUUUUAUGCCACACUUAUAUCAACAAAUUGUUAUAUGGGCUAAUAGUAAAAAUUAUUUGUUAUACUAUACACCAUGGCCUAAAAAUAAUACAAAAGAAUUUGAUAUAUGGAUAAAGGCAGAAAAAUAUCUUUGCUGUAUUUAUGAAUCAAAAAAUGAAAUUAUAGAUAAAAUUAAGGAAAUACGAGAAAAACUUAUGAAAAAAAGACAAAGCGGGUAA